AUGCGUACUUACAUACGUGCAUUCAUCAUAUAAGUACAAUCAUACAUAUAGCAUAGUAAAUCUGUAGUGAUGAAGCGCAGACGAAAGGAUCGAUAAAAGAGGAAGAUCGUGGUCACGGGGUACAUGGAGUAUAGAAAAGGAAAGUAGAAUAGGAAAGGCAUAGAAAGAGUGAAAUAGACAUUUGGUGAGUGUAAAUAGAUGCGAGAUUGUGGGGUGCUGUGGGAAUAAGGUGGGCGGAGAGGGCGGAGUGGGCGGCAAUGGUCAGGCGGUGAGCAUAAAGAGGAUAGGAUAAUAUCGGUGCGCGACCUCCGCGGUAGCUUCAAGUUCGCCGCUUUAAUACCGGCAGAUCUAUGAUGUAGUUAUGCCGAAGAAAAGUACUAGACAUGUGAGAAACUCGGGAUUAGCGAGAAGUUCUCAUCAUAAAAGCAGUAAUCUUGGAACGACAUCAGAAUCGAAAACGAAACACUUUCUAAGCGUUCGCAUUGGUCUUACCAACGGUAAACGUUGGCUUUCUCUCAAAAAACGCUUAGGUCUGUCAACGGAUGAAGAUGUUGCAGUUUAUUUGUUGGAUCUUGCUGAAUCUGUUUCCAGACACAACACUAAAUGCAAUGGAGAAGAGAGAAAGGAAAUGGUUCAGGAUGAAAAGAAUAAAACAGAAAUAUUGCAAACUGAAGAUUUGAUAGAAGAUACAAAGGAAUUUGUUCGUCGGAGUUUAAGAAAACAAAGUACUAGUACAGUUGUAGAAUCUGAGACACUUUCUAUUGAUUCAGCACAAACCAAAUUGUCUAAUGAUGUUGAAGUACAUAUUCAGCGUACCUCAAGAUCUAAACAUCAUAAAAAUAAAACAAAACAUCAUAAAGAUAAACGAAAAAGAAGAAAACAUUUUAAAGCUGAAAAUAUUAUUUCACCACUUGAAUCUGUUAAAAGAUCUUCAAGUGACAUAACAUCAGCAGAUGAAGAUCAAAUUUCCUUUAAAAAAGAUAACUCUAAAUCAGACAAUGGAAUAGAUAUUGAAUCAAAUUUAAAAAAUAGUCUUCGUAUUACUACAAAGACAGAAUGUUAUGACAAAGAAGAUGUUAUGACAAAGACUGAAAAUUUAGAUAGCAUAGAAUAUGUAGAAAAUGUAAAUAUUAACAAAAAUGUACUUUAUCAUAAUAUUGAAGAUGUUGAUAUGAAAGAAAUUACAAUGGUUAGUGAUAGCAAUGAACAAUCACAAUCUAAAUUAGCAACAUCAUCAAAUACUAAAAAUACCAAUAGAAUUGUGGUAGAACAAAUCCCAAAUGCAAAAGAUACAAUAUCUAUCAUAAAUUCUCAUGUCCAAUCUGAUGAGACAAAAGAUGAUGAGAAUAAUUCAGAUGGUAUGCAAUGUGUUAAUACAAAUUCCAAUUGUUCACAUAUUAAUAUAAAUACAAAUCAAGAAAUAGAGGAUCGGAAAUUAAAAAAGAAACGAAAAGGAAAAUAUGAUGUUGAAGAAGAUGAUGAUGAAAAUAUAAAAGAAGAUUCAUGUGAAGAUUUUAUAGAUGAUUCUGUAUAUAAACAUAGGAAAAAAAGACACAAACAUACUAAUGAACAUAAAAAUCGUAAACAUCACGAUGUACGAAAAGCACCACAAGAUGGAAUAAUUACACAAGAAGAUAAGAAUAUUUGUUCUAUAAUAGAUGAUAGAACUUCAAUUACAAUUCUUCAAAGUGAAAAUGUUGAAAAUCAAAUGUCUGAGCCUCAAAGAUUAGCUAUUAAAAUAAAACUCUGUCAAGAAUGUAAUAAUCGUCAUUUGCAAGAUGCUUGUCCAUUAAUAACACCUCAGUAUGCUAUUUCAGAUUCUAUAUCAUAUGAAGAUUGGUUAAAUAAAUAUAAAGAAAAUACUGAAGUUGUAAAAGCCAUAAAGUCAGAGGAUCCUAUGUCUGAAGGAUACGGAAAAAUAACAGAAGAUAAUGAAUCAGAUGAUGAAUCUUUAUUGAUUGAACAAUCUAAAACAAAAAUAAAAACUCAAAAAGAGGAAAAACAAUUAACUAUAGAUUUGGAUCGACCAUUAUAUGCUAGAGAUUCUUUACCUGAAUGUUUUGAAUUAAAAAUAACUAAUUCAGAACAUGGACUUGGAAUAUAUGCAAAAAGUUCUGUUCCAAUGCAUGUUAAACUAGGUCCUCUUGUUGGACAACCAGUUAGAGAGAUGGAUAUUCCUGAUGACUUUUCCAUGAGACAUAUUUGGGAGAUAGAUAAUAAUGGUAAAACUUUGUAUGUAAGUACUACUAAUCCACUAAAAAGUAAUUGGAUUCGUUAUAUUAGACCUGCUGAAACAAAAGAGGAAAGAAGUGUAGCUGUAAUAACAAAACAAGGAGAAUUACAUCUUGUCACUACUCAAAAUAUCAUAUCAGGAAUGGAAUUAACUUAUUGGGCAGACUCUCAAUCUUCUGCAUGGACACGAAAAAAUAAAGUAGACAAAACGAAUUGUGGAGGAUGUAAUUUAAAUUUUGCACAUCCAAUAUACUAUCGAUUACAUUGUUGUAUCUUUCAUGAUACUAAUUAUAGUUUAACCAUAAGAAAAUAUCAUUGUAAGGUAUGUGGAGCUGCUGUUCUGGGUAAAGAUAAUAUUAUGAAACACGCAGCAGAAUUACAUGCGGGUCGAGGUGCAUAUCAAUGUCAAUAUUGUAAAAAAUUUUUUUUACGUUUAAAUUAUUUGGAAAUGCAUCGUACUUAUGGAUGUGCACAAAAUCCACAACGUUCAAGACCAUUAUGCGAUUUUUGUGGGCGUAAAUUUUGUCAACCGCAAAAAUUAAAAGUGCAUAUUAAACGAAUGCAUAGUGAUAUGUCUGAAGUUCUCCGGGAGUUUCAAUGUAAAUUAUGUUUGAAACUUUUGGGAUCUCGUGCUGCUCUUCAACGUCACAUGAAAGAAGUUCAUCAUAAAGAUGUAGUCGGUGCUGCAACCUGUGAUCGAUGUGGAAAAAUAUUUCAAAAUAAAAGUAAUCUCAAAAUACAUAUGUUAACACAUAGUGGAGUAAAACCAUUCAAAUGUAAAGAAAAUGGUUGUAAAGCAGCUUUUACUACUAAACAAUGUUUACAAUUUCAUUACAAAAAGGUACAUGGUCUUACAGAAGAAAUGAUGCCAAAAAUUGAACGCUCUGUUGCUUAUACUUUUGAUGCAUAUAGUGGUGGACUUGUUGAAGAUGUUGGUCGUGGAAAAAGUCCUCGACCAAGUAGAAAAACCUUUCAGCAAGAAAACGAUUAUAAAAUAUUUAUAGAUGAUGGCAAUUCCAAAAACGACUUAAGGAUUGAAACGGAAAAUAUUUCUACACAUUCAACCAUAAUCGAGUUUAGUACAAGUCCUACAAAUAAAUAUAAAAUGGAACAUAAUUCACGAAUCUCAACUUCGUCAUUUUUGAUGGGUGCAUCAACAUCAAAAAGUACAGAAGCAGAUGUAUAUGGUAUAUCCAGAUUACAAAGUAAAGGAAGUAAAAAAUGGCUUGGAGAAUUUAAUCCUCCAAUUACUUCCGAUAUACUAUCUAAUACAAUUCCUCAUUUGUCAACAAGUGUUACAGAAAAUACUUACGAAUUCGAAGAUACUAGAAAAGAAAUUGGUGAUAAAGUAUCACCAUCAACAAAUAGAACACAAGAUAUUAUUGAAAAUACUAAAUUAGGGCUUAGCGUUUAUAGAAGAACUGAAAGUGCAAAUGCUAGUUUAUUAGUUGAGGCUGCUCUUGAUGCUGCUGAACGGGAUAUAGGAGCAGUAACUAGUCCAAUAUUGGAGGAUAAUGAUCGCGAUACAAAUCUCUAUUCAAUAUCCAAUCAAUUACAAUCUCCAUUGCCUCAAAGAUCACCAAAUCAUUUAGAUUCUUAUAUACAGCAACAAGAGGAACUGAUAUCUCCUGCGCCGACACCAGAUAAUAGAAAUACACCACCUACACAUUUACAUGUCGAUUAUCAAAUACAUCGACCCGUUGAUUAUAUCAGUACACCAAGAACACAUAAUAUCGAUCAAUAUUUGCAUCACGAAGAAAUACCGCGAGUUUCUUCACCAAACAGUUAUAUACAUAUUCAACAAGAAACUUUGGUAUCACCUUCAGCUACGCCAAAUCGAUAUCAAGACGUGCAUCAUCAUCAUCAUCACCAUCAUCAUCACCAUCAUCAUCAAAUAUCAGAUAAUUUAUCUAGUGAUGAAGGUGAUUCAGUUGUGCAAAAUCUUAGUCUUUCGGUAAAAGAAAAGACAAUGCAAUUAGAUCUCUCAACAUCGUAUAAAUAUGAUCCUCUUGAACAAGAAUUCGCUAGAGAAAGAGCUAACUUCGAACCUCUUGUUCUUAAUGGAGAACUUCAAGGAUUGGAUAUGUCUGCUAGAGGAUUUCAUCAUAAUUUUGGUGUACAGAUACAAAAUGCGCGAUAUCAUCAUCAUUUGUACGAAAUUGCAGAAAGACAAAGUGUUGAUCUUAGUAGGACUGGAAGUUAUUCGAUAUCACCAACUCCUCUUUCAGUAACUUCCCAAGUAUCGUCUGGUUCUUCGGUGGCAGUAGUUCCUCCACCACCGCCGCCUCCACCACCACCACCACCACCUCCGCCGCCUCCUCCUCCACCUCCGCCCCCUCCAGCUCCUCCUCCCCCACCUCCACCGCCACCGCCACCUCCUCCACCUCCUCCACCUUAUCCUCAUAGUGAUGUUUUAAGAGUUGUUAGUUUAGAUCUUACUCCUGGUGGACGUCACACUGUUGAUCUCACUCUUUCAAGACCGCAUCAUUUGCACGGAUCCAGUGCUCGUGUAAUAACAAGUCCUCAACCUACAGGCUCUGGCAAUGCACAUAUCGUACCUGACGCGAUCGAUGGACGAAUUUUAUCUUCUCCUCCACCGCCUUCUUUAUCAGGAUAUAAUCCAAAUUAUCCUGUAAGUCCUGCUCCAUAUCAUCCACCAAGACCAGGAUAUCAUCAUUACUCCGGUUAUUAUUAACUAAUGUACAUUUUUACUAUCUUUUCCCUAUAUUUUAAUAUAUACCACCGAGUAAUUUUUAAAAAAUAAUUUUUAUUAUAAAAAUAUUCAAUCAUAAAUAAUCAAAGAUCAUAUAAUAUUACUUGUCAUUAAUAUCAAUGUUUUGACAUAAUAUUACAAAAUUCGUUUUUUAUUUUUCGUUUUUUCUACUUAAAAAUAACUAAGACCAUGACUUAGUCGAAGUAAAAUUCUUUUAUAUAAAAAAUAAAUGCAAGCCAUUUUAGUCGACUUGGUCUUCCUUGCACAUAUAUGAUAAUCGAAAGUCAACAUAGAUGCAGUAAACGUAUAGAAUUUUACCUUUGAAAUUAAAGUACAACUUUGAAACAGAGAAGCGCACAAAUAUAAUGAAACCAGUUACGUUAGAUCAACUAGUUUUUGAGUGGUUUAAAGCACAUGGUCGGAUUAGUCAACCGGUCAAACGUGAUUGUAUUGUAAAGAGUGACAUGUAUCUAUUAUUUUUGGAGCGAACUUUAUUUUUUUAAACUAUUUACGAACAAAAUUGUAGAAAUUCUUUCUGCAUUUAGAAGUACAAUGCAUGAUUAGAAAAAAAAAAAUUAAUUUCUCAGUUACACAAUUCUUAGAUCAUAUAUUUAUAUAUAUUGUUCUUUUAUCUAUAAUCAUAAAAUUUUUCGUUAAUUGAUAGUAAAUUUUUUCAAAGCAAUUGUUACUUCAUAUGAAAUGUUACUUAACUUUUAGCAUAUAUUCUUCUACUUCUUGUUUAUCAAUGAAAAAGUAUUUGUAAGAUUAACGGUAGUUGUUAUAAAUUUUUGCAACAGUAUUUUUCGGGCGAUUAAUCAACGACGUCAACAUUGUUUCGUUUGCCGUCGUUGUUAUUUUCAAACUUAGAUUCAUAGUCAGUUUAUCGUACAUGAAGUCAAAGAAA